CACACACACACACACACCCCGGGGUGUGGGGGCGGUCAGUGUGGUUCCUGGAGCCCACCUGUGUCCUCCCUCUUCCUGGCCUGGCCACCCCACCCCCGACCCCAGGCGUGGCCCCACGGUCCUGUCUGGAGUGGAUUGCGGAGUCCGGGGCCAACUGGCUGCUUCCUUGCUGUGCUCCCGCCCUGGCGGCCCAGGGCGAAGAACCACUGAGCGGCUCAUUGUAUGCCCCGCGGGCGGGCAGCGCAACCAGCAGCGCAGGCUGAGGAACUUCCAGGUACUUCCCAUGGAUUUGUGAUCAACACAAGCAACUCUCCCAGCUCUGGACAGCAGCCCUAACCAGAGGCAUGCGGCUGCCCCGAUUCUCCAGCGCUUUAAUGCUUUCACUCUUGAUAGCACAGACCUGCAUCCUGGUCUUCCUGGUCUCCCGGCAAAUGCCAUCGUCCCCAGCGGGCAGCAGGGAGCAUGUGCACGUGCUGGUGCUGUCCUCGUGGCGCUCGGGCUCGUCUUUUGUGGGCCAGCUCUUCAGCCAACACCCAGAUGUCUUCUACCUGAUGGAGCCGGCUUGGCACGUGUGGGAUGCCCUGUCGCAGGGCAGUGCCCCCGCGCUCCACAUGGCCGUGCGCGAUCUGGUCCGUUCAGUGUUCCUAUGCGACAUGGACGUGUUUGAUGCCUACCUGCCCUGGCGCCGCAACAUCUCAGAUCUCUUCCAGUGGGCGGUGAGCCGCGCGUUGUGCUCGCCUCCGGUCUGCAACGCCUUUGCUCGAGGCCACAUCAGCAGCGAGGAGGUGUGCAAGUCUCUGUGCUCAACGCGGCCCUUCGGCCUGGCCCAGGAAGCCUGCAGCUCUUACAGCCACAUAGUGCUCAAGGAGGUGCGCUUCUUUAACCUGCAGGUUCUCUACCCGCUGCUCAGUGACCCCGCGCUCAACCUACGCAUCGUGCACCUGGUGCGCGACCCGCGGGCGGUGCUGCGCUCCCGAGAGCAGACUGCCAAGGCGCUGGCACGGGACAGUGGCAUCGUCUUGGGUACUAACGGCACGUGGGUAGAGGCGGACCCCCGGCUGCGUGUAGUCAGUGAGGUGUGCCGCAGCCAGGUGCGCAUCGCAGAGGCCGCCUUGCACAAGCCGCCGCCCUUCCUGCAAGAUCGCUACCGCCUGGUGCGCUAUGAGGAUCUGGCCCGGGACCCGCUCACCGAGAUCCGUGAGCUCUACGCCUUCACCGGCCUGGGCCUCACGCCGCAGCUCCAGACUUGGAUCUACAACAUCACACACGGUUCAGGGCCAGGCGCACGCCGUGAGGCCUUCAAGACCUCAUCCAGGGAUGCGCUCGUUGUGUCCCAAGCCUGGCGUCACGCACUGCCCUUUGCCAAGAUUCGGCGGGUCCAGGAACUGUGUGCGGGCGCACUGCAGCUGCUGGGUUACCGACCUGUGUACUCCGAGCUUGAGCAGUGGGACCUCUCUCUGGACCUCCUGCUGCCCAGAGGCAUGAACAGUUUCAAGUGGGCUUCUUCCACUGAUGCGCCGUCAGAAUCUUAAAAGAGUUUUAGUGGAUGAGGCUGGAGAGAUGGCUCAGAGGUUAAGAGCACUGACUGUU